CUGUUCUGCAACCAAACCCCACCUCACCUCAUCUCUCUCUUUUCUCUCAGACAUUUUCACAAACAAAGCUCAAAGCUUCAAAGCUAGCUGAGAUGGAGUGCAGUACUGACACUAGCAUUAACACAACAAACACUACCUAUGCACCAUCAACCCCUUUCUCUCAUCAAUCUCCUUCUUCUUCCCAAUCAUCUUCUCCUCCAAUUACUCCAACUCAAGCUCAAACUCAAAUUCCACCACCCCAGAAUGUUGUGGUCAGUCCUUGUGCUGCUUGCAAGAUCUUGAGAAGAAGAUGUGCAGAGAAAUGUGUGUUGGCUCCUUACUUUCCUCCCUCUGAGCCAGCCAAGUUCACCAUAGCACAUCGAGUCUUUGGUGCUAGCAACAUCAUCAAGUUCUUGCAGGACCUUCCAGAAUCUCAAAGGGCUGAUGCAGUGAGCAGCAUGGUUUAUGAGGCCAGUGCAAGAAUCAGAGACCCAGUUUAUGGUUGUGCAGGGGCAAUCUGCCAUCUCCAAAAACAAGUGAGUGACCUUCAAGCACAAUUGGCCAAGGCACAAGCUGAGGUUGUCAACAUGCAGUGCCAGCAAGCAAACCUUGUAGCACUGCUCAUGGAAAUGGCAAAACCCGAUCACCACGAACAGGGAUCCCCGGAUCAACAAUCACUCGAUCAUCACAACUUCAUCACCAGCCCUCUUCCUCAUAGCAAUAUACUCAAUCAGAGCAACUUGAGCUUCCUUGAUGAUCAUAACUCUGCUCUAGGCUCAUUCUGGGAAUUACCGCUUUGGACAUGAUCAGAAUCAUGGAAAUGAAAGAGGGUACCAAUCAAUUCUCCUAAGGAGUAAUUGAAGGAUAUCAUAUUAAUAAGUUUUAGGUAGUUGAUUAGUGCCUAGUAGGAACUAGGAACUAGGAAGUCGGAUCAUGUCCUACUGUAUUUGAAGGAAAGGGAGGGAACUAAUUUCACUUUGUUUCAGCAUGAAGCAAAGUAGGUGGGUGGAUCUUUUGGGUCCAUGUAAUCUUUUCCAUAUUGGAGAGAACCAAGAGAUAUGAUAUUAGAUAUAUGUAUGUCUGUUCUUUGUGUCCAUUUGUGUUCUGAUCUUACUGAAUCUAAUUAUGUAACCAACUUUUUGGUCA